AGUCGUCUCCUGCGAGGCGGGCAGCGAGGUCAGCUUGGCAGCCGCAGCCUCUCCAGCCUGGAUCUGGCCGCAGGCAGCGGUUCCCUGGGACCCGAGAAAAGGAUGGCCGAACAAGAAGCUAGUGGGCUACAGGUCCUGCUGCACACGCUUCAGAGCUCCUCUGACAAGGAGUCCAUCCUGACCAUCCUCAAGGUCCUCGGAGAUCUGCUUUCUGUUGGCACAGACCGGAGAAUUCACUACAUGAUCAGCAAGGGUGGCAGUGAGGCUCUUCUGCAGACCCUGGUAGACACAGCGAGGACAGCUCCUCCAGACUAUGACAUCCUCCUGCCUCUCUUCCGGCUGCUGGCCAAAGUUGGCCUAAGAGAUAAAAAGAUUGGACGGAAGGCCCUGGAAUUGGAAGCACUUGAUGUGACAUUGAUUCUGGCCAGGAAGAACCUAUCCCAUGGCCAGAAUCUCCUUCACUGUCUCUGGGCUCUGCGUGUGUUUGCCUCCAGUGUCUCCAUGGGAGCCAUGCUGGGAAUUAAUGGAGCCAUGGAACUGCUUUUCAAGGUUAUUACUCCUUACACCCGAAAGCGCACCCAAGCAAUCAGGGCAGCCACUGAAGUUCUGGCAGCAUUGCUGAAAUCCAAGUCGAACGGCCGCAGAGCAGUGAACCGAGGCUACGUCACCAGCCUGCUUGGGCUGCACCAGGACUGGCACAGCCAUGACACAGCCAACGCCUACGUGCAGAUCCGACGGGGCUUGCUGCUCUGCCUCAGGCACAUUGCUGCCCUCCGGUCCGGCAGGGAGGCCUUCCUGGCAGCACAGGGCAUGGAGAUCCUCUUCAGCACCACACAGAACUGCCUGGAUGACAAGAGCAUGGAGCCCGUCAUCUCUGUGAUGCUUCAGAUCCUGAGGCAGUGCUACCCUAAGAGUCCACUUCCCUUGGUCACAGCCAGCAGUGCCUAUGCCUUCCCGGUCCCUGGGCUCAUCACCACUGAACCUCCACAUGAUCUACCUGAAGAGGAUUUUGAAGAUGAUGGCGAUGAUGAAGUGGACAAAGACUCUGAUACUGAAGAUGGGAAAGUGGAAGAUGAUGACUUGGAAACAGAUGUGAACAAGCUGAGUUCCAAACCUGGUCUUGACCGACCUGAAGAGGAACUGAUGCAAUAUGAGGCGAUGUGUCUUGAGCUCUCCUAUAGCUUUGAGGAACUGCAGUCCAAACUUGGAGAUGAUUUGAACUCUGAAAAGGCUCAGUAUGCCAAUCACCACCACAUUCCAGCCGCUGCCUCCUCAAAGCAGCAUUGCUACAGCAAGGACCAAAGCUCCUGUGGGCAAGAAAGAGAAUAUGCUGUCCAGACUUCCCUUCUGUGCAGGGUGAAGACAGGAAGGUCCACAGUGCAUCUAGGCUCCAAAAAAAAUCCUGGAGUGAACCUGUACCAAAAUGUGCAAUCCAAUAGUUUCAGGAGAGAUUCUUCUGAAAGUGAAAUCCCUGACGUUCAGGCUUCCCUGAAAGCAGAUGCCUGGGACGUAGAUGCAAUUUUCUGCCCAAGGAUGAGUGCCUCCUUUUCUAAUUCCACUAGGACUAGAGAAGCUGUCAAAGUAAUAGAUAAGCUUCUGCAGACACAUCUGAAGCAUGUCCCUUUCCACGAUCCCUAUCUUUAUAUGGCCAAAGCCAGAAGAACCAGCUCUGUGGUGGACUUCAAGAUGAUGGCAUUUCCUGAUGUCUGGGGACACUGUCCCCCUCCCACCACCCAGCCUAUGUUGGAACGAAAAUGUGGAGUCCAAAGGAUCAGAAUAUUUGAGGAUAUUCGGAGGCUCAUCCAGCCAAGUGAUGUUAUAAAUAAAGUUGUCUUCAGUUUAGAUGAGCCUUGGCCUUUGCAAGACGAUGCUUCCAAUUGUUUACAGUUCUUCUCCAAAUUUGAGUCAGGAAAUCUUCGCAAAGCCAUCCAAGUGCGUGAGUUCGAGUAUGACUUGCUGGUCAACGCAGAUGUGAAUAGCACCCAGCACCAGCAGUGGUUCUAUUUCAAAGUGAGCGGUAUGCAGGCGGCCACCCCUUACCACUUCAACAUCAUCAACUGUGAGAAGCCCAACAGCCAGUUUAAUUAUGGGAUGCAGCCCACCCUGUAUUCUGUGAAGGAGGCUCUUCUUGGCAAACCCACCUGGUUACGGACAGGCCAUGAAAUAUGUUAUUACAAAAAUCAUUAUCGCCAGAGUACAGCUGUUGCAGGCGGAGCAUCUGGGAAGUGCUACUAUACCCUCACCUUUGCUGUCACCUUCCCACACAAUGAGGAUGUCUGCUACCUGGCCUACCACUAUCCCUAUACCUACACAGCCCUCAUGACUCAUCUUGACAUCCUGGAAAAGAGUGUCAACCUCAAAGAGGUCUACUUCCGGCAAGAUGUUCUCUGCCAGACGCUGGGAGGGAAUCCGUGUCCCUUGGUGACCAUCACGGCCAUGCCUGAGUCCAACAGUGAUGAGCAUCUAGAGCAGUUCCGACAUCGUCCAUAUCAGGUGAUCACCGCUCGAGUUCAUCCAGGAGAGAGCAAUGCCAGUUGGGUGAUGAAGGGUACCUUGGAGUUCCUGGUCAGCGGUGACCCUGUGGCUAGGCUCUUGAGGGAAAACUUCAUCUUCAAGAUCAUACCCAUGCUCAACCCAGAUGGUGUCAUCAACGGCAACCACAGAUGCUCACUGAGCGGGGAAGAUUUGAACAGACAAUGGCUUUCUCCCAGUGCUCAUCUGCAGCCAACCAUUUACCAUGCCAAAGGCCUCCUCUACCACCUGAGCAGCGUUGGCCGAAGUCCCGUGGUUUUCUGUGACUUCCAUGGCCACUCCCAAAAGAAGAAUGUGUUCCUUUAUGGCUGUAGCAUCAAGGAAACCUUGUGGCAAGCAGCAUGCACUGUGGGCACAUCUACUAUCCUAGAGGAGGUCAACUACAGGACUCUUCCCAAAAUCCUUGAUAAGCUAGCACCAGCAUUCACAAUGAACAGCUGCAGCUUCCUCGUGGAGAAAUCUCGAGCUUCCACGGCCCGGGUGGUGGUGUGGAGAGAGAUGGGGGUGUCCAGAAGCUACACCAUGGAAAGCAGCUACUGUGGCUGCAACCAGGGCCCUUAUCAGGGUCUACAGUUUGGUACCAGAGAACUGGAGGAGAUGGGAGCCAUGUUCUGUUUGGGCCUCCUCAUCCUGGAGCUCAAAUCUGCCAGCUGCAGCCAUCAGCUCCUGGCUCAAGCUGCAACUCUGCUGAGUGCUGAGGAGGAGGCUCUGGACCAGCACCUCCAACGGUGCAGCAGCAGCAGUGGCAGCGUCCCUUCGGAACUGGAGGAUGAACCUGCCUGCAUGGAGGAGAUUGAUUACAGUACCGACAGCAGCUCAGACCAGGAAGGGAGCUUGUCUGAGCUGGACCGGAGGAUCCAGGAGUGUGCCUUCAAUAAGGUUGAGGGAGAGGAAGAAGAGGAGGCACCAGGGCAGGGAGGAGAAGCCAUCCCAUAGCCCCGAGGUUCACAGCAAGUUCUGUGUCUCCAACCAUUGGAUUGGACUAGCAGCUAUGUUGCUGCUGCUUCAUCAUCAGACACACACAAUGUAUAUGUCAGUACAAAAAGCCAGCCUAUGUGAGCUCAGCAACCCCAUUUCCAGAUUUUGUUCUAGUUUCCCUAUGCGUAGAAGCUAGCCACUUUAUAACAUUUUAUAUUAGAGUUAGGUAGCCCUUGGGGCCUAUGCAAGCUGCCGUUGUACUUAGAAUGGGACCCAAUGGGUAGCCUCAAGAUUACCAUGGAUCCUUUCAAGAUUUUUCUGAGUUAUUCUCCAUUCCUGUGCUUGAACUGGAGCAAGCUGGAAGUAGAGGAGUUGGGCUUCUUCUUGGCUUCUCAGCCAGAAUUCUAAGUGGUUAUUUAAGUUGUUCCAUAUACAAGUGUUAUGUUCCAAUGUUAUCUCCUCACCAUAGCAUUUGAGCACCCCAGAACAAACCACUGAGACUGUGGGGAUCCUGGCAGGGUCUUCAGGUGCUGGGGCUUGAACAUGAAAAACUGUGCAUCCAAGUAAUUGCAGGUUUCAUCUGUGAUCUUCUCAAGCAGCAUAUAUUUUACAUAUGUGGUACAGGCCAGAAGCUGCCCUAGACUCUUAGAAAUAAGACAUUGUCACUGAUCUUCACAGAUUUUAAGAUCCUAUGUAUUCAGAUCACCAAACAUAAUGCUAGGAAGUACCAGACCUACUGGAAAAUUUAUUCAUUUCAGAAUCAGACAGAUAUGGUUCAUAUGCUAGAUCUGGCAGUUGCUUGUUAUGACAACUUAGGCAAGUAAUUAAAUUUUCCUAAACUUCAGUUUUCUUAUAUAUAAAAUGUGGAUGAGCAUAUCUAUAUCAUAAAGUUAUUGUAGGAUGAAAUGAGAUGAUAUAUAAAAGUGUAUAGCUUAGCAUUUGGUACACAACAUUGGCUUAUUUUUCUUCAUAACACAAAAGAACAUUCUGUAUAAGAAUUCUGACAGUUAAGAAAAAAUUCUCACCAGCCUGGACAACAUGAUGAAACCCCGUCUCUACUAAACCCCAUCUCUACAAAAAUUAGCCAAGUGUGGUGGCACACACCUGUUAUCCCAGCUACUUGGGAGGCUGAGAAAGGAGAAUCGCUUGAACUUGGGAGGCGGAGGUUGCCGUGAGCCGAGAUCGCACCACUGCAUUCCAGCCCAGCAACAGAGCAAGACUGUCUCAAACAACAACAACAACAACGACAACAAACCCAGAAUCCAGAAUUCUCUGGAGUCACAUGGUAGGAAAUAGGCCCCUUUACUGGAAGGGAGCUGGGAAGGAGAUUACACAGGAGCAGAAUCUAGGAGGCUGGAAUGACUUAAAACAGGUGAAAAUGGAGCAAGGCCUUUUAGCAUUUGGAAGGAAGCACCUUAGUUAUUUGAAUAAUGAAGUGUGCGAGACCUGCGAAGAAAGCAUGAGAAGGGACGACAAAGGCAGUGGUAGAGUGAGAGAUAGAAUAUGCUAGGUCAAACUUAGGCUGUUUUAGAAGUCAUGUGUAUUAGUUAGGAUUAGGUUUAGCUGCAAGAGAUGGACAACUUAUCAUAGUAGUAGCUUUCAUAAGGCAUAAGUCUAUUUCUCUUUCCUGUGAAAUUUUACACACUGGAAGACCAGUCCUAGUGUCAUGGCUGCAUGGUGUCAGAGACCUGGCUUCUGCAGUUUUCUGGCUCUACUGUGUGCUGCUUCUACUCUUGGUCUAGAAUGGCUGCUGAAGCAUCAGUCAUUGCAUCUGCAUCCCAGGCAGUAGCAAGAAGAACACAAAAAGAAAUGCCUGUUUUCUAUCUUUCCAAAAGCUAUACAUAAUAUUUCUUCUUAAUCCCAUCAGCUGAAAAAAAUGGGCCUGUAGCCACAGGAAGCUGCAAGAGAGGUUAGAAAACAUAGUCUUUAUUUGAGGUGGGCCCAGCUAAAAUUUGAAGUUUGAAGAAAAAGUCUGAAUACUAAGGGAAAAGAUAAUAAUACAUAUUGGGGGAUUACAUAUCUGCCAAAAGACUUCUCCUGAUGUUCCAAACACCACCAAAGGAGUUUUGGAUAUAUCAGAAUAAUCUCAGAUGAAACUCAUAGCACACACCUCUUGACCAGCAGAAAGCCACAGAACAAAACAGGAUUAGCUCCAAGACAUAGAAGACAGGCAUCUGUGUUGUGAUUUCGGGAGUUGAUAACAUUAUUAAUAGUCUCUUUUUUUUUAACUCUUUUCCAAAUUUCCAUUUUGUAGUUCAGAAAUUGUACAUCCAUUCUUCAUAUUAAGACAUGUAUGUUUAUGUAACAUAUGCAAGAAAUUUGAAGACUAUUAGCAAAGAUACUGAAAGUGAAACCCAAACACUAUAUAGCUCUUAACUCCUCCCAUAUUUAAUCUUUCCACUCUUAAAUAAAGGCUAGCAUAAUGGUGCUGAUUUCUCUUUGCUUUGAGGAUUCAAGAAGAUAAUAUUGAAAUGUAAUUGCUGAGAGAGGUGGGAAUGAUGCUAGCUUAUCAUUAAUUAUUAUUUCAGCCCAAAUUAGUUUUGGGGGUUAGCUUCUGGUCAUGAGGCACGUUUCUUAAAAAACGUGACCGUGACAGAUAAGUUUUUAUGUGGCAUGUUCAGAAAAAGCCAGGAACAUGAAGUAUUUGUUGAUCCAUCUAUGUAACAAAUGUAUAUUUAACCCCUAACUGUGGGUCAUGCACUUUACUAAGCUCUAAGGAUGCAGAUAAGAAAGACCCAUUUUGUGCUCCCAGUAACCAGACAAAGAAGAACAAUAAACAUUCUAAGUUAAUGCAGUAUGGCCCAUGCCAUUAUGGAACUAUGCAAAGAAUAUUACAAAAACGCCUAAUCUAAUGGGGGUGGCAGUUGUGGUAAAAGUAUACCAAAAGAAAGUCAUAAUUUGGGUGAUUCUUGAAGAAUAUGCAGGAGUUUUCAGGUACAAAGGGAGAAAAGACAUGCAAAGGAGUGGAAAGAUUUUGUGCAAAGGCCCUGUGGUAGAGUUAGAGCUUGAAGUAAAAUGUUCAGUGUGACUGGUUUAAAAGAUGUGUUUGUAUGUGAGGAAAGGAGGAGAGUGACAAGAGAUGAAAUGGAAAAACUAGACAGCAGUCAGAUAAAGCUGCAUUUGGCAUUCCUUGAUGAAGAGGCUGAACUUAAUUCUGAAUGUAAUGGGGGAGACUUAAAGAGCUUUCAGCAGAGGCAUGCCCGUGGCUGAUAUCAGCAUGUCUAUAUCAGCGCCAUUGUUCCCUUGUUUAUGGCUGAGGGUUUGGUGCUCCUGCUAUGCCGUUUGUUCAGUAGUUUGAGGAGUGCCCCAGGUGUGAUACUACUAUAUUUGAAGAGCAGAACAUUUGCACUCAGGUCAAAGAUAAUAAGUGCAGUUUGGAGACAUGUUGAAUGUUGGUGUCCUACAUGAUAGCCCGUUCGAAAGGUUUCCUAGAAAUCAGAGGUACCUCAGGAAGCAGAAGGAGCACAAAGAGAGGUGUACCUAACACCUGGUGAUUUUGGGGACACAGGUGAAUGUCCUGAGCACCUAAGCCCAGGUGUCAGUGAGUUGGGAAGGCAAUUGACUGGAGGGAAGAGGGGACUUGGGAGCAGACCUCUCUCCUUUCCUGCUAGGACUGAAGGCUAUUUUGUGUCACAUCUCACCAGUCUUCCACCCAGAGUUAGAGGGUACUUACUUGAGAGUUAACUCUCAAUAGUUAUAAGAGCCAUUCUUCCAGUCAAGCCAGGACUUUCUCUUGCUGGCCAGACCACUUCAGUGAAUUGUUCGGAUAAAACGUGCUCUACCAAAUUCAGACCCAAACUAAGAUGACCCAAGAAUUCCAAGGAGUUGUAGGCCAUAAUGGGAAGCAAAUGUGGUCCAAAAUGUGCAGAGGAGAGAGGAGAGUCCAGAGAGGCGAUGUUGGGGCAGGCCAAGUGCAUGCUGUCCUGUACCAGCUGUCAUCCGGUGCUCUGCAUGCAGGACUGGAACUGGGGCUGAGGGGCUGUGGGGGCCUGCAGCUUCGUGGGACAGCCUGGUAAAACUUCUCUGAUGGGCAAAGGUUGGGAGCUCUCUGAUUUCACCUUUAGGAUAGUCCCAUUGUUAGAACAGAAGCCCAAGACUUGCCACCCAUGAGCCCUCAAGGGUGGAAACUACUGACCCCGUUCGUAACACUUCCCUCUGGCAAGAGGCUUUGUGGCUCCAUAUUUCCUUCAGAAGGCAGUCUAAAUGUCUCAACGGACCCCUUUAUAGUCUGGCCCCAAUCUCCUUGACAGCCUCAAGUUCUGACAUUCUUUAUUCUCUUUGAUUUGCCACAGAACAUACCCUCUUUUUCUCUCAUUGCACUUAUGCAUGUGAGUGUCUACACACAUAUGCACAUGCACAGUGCAAUAGGGGCAUGGAAGGGCACUUCUUAAGCCACACAGCUCCCUAAAUGUCCUUUUUGAUUUUUCUAACAUUUUCACAUUUUUCCUCUGCCUCUGAUAAGAAUCUCCCAUUCCCUCAUGUGGGAAUAUCAAAACCCAGUUCAAAUAUCACCUUUCUUCUAUAAAACUUGUCCUCAUCACCCAAUGCCAAGUUAUAUAUAAUCUCUCUUCCAUGCCCCUGUUGCACUGUUUAUAUAUCUCUUUUAUACUAUGCUUAUUUUUAACUUGAUAAAUAUGUCUUUUAUACCCACACCCCCAUUCACCAUUGAACAGUGAGCUCUAAAGUGCACAAACCUGCUAUUAUCUUGGCAUCUGUCCCUGUACCUAUCAUACUUCUUAACACAUUGCAGGUGUUCAAAAAUGUGUCUUCCCCUCAGCUUCAAACCCAGACAGCCAACGUCUCAAUAAAAUCUCACUUAUUUUCCUUAAAUCCCUCCAUUUUCCAUCUCAAAGAAGAGUUUGCGUUAUAGACAGGGAAACUGGUUUCACUAAAAGGACGUGUAGCACAAGUGCAGCCUGGCCUCUCAAGCUGGUGGUUGCCAUGGAAGACUUCCCAGUGCGAGGCGAGCUUAACAAGGGGCAGGGUGUCCUUUUCCUUACCUGUGUUGUGCAAAUGUUUAGAGUGGUGAUAAUGGAGGGGUGGCAUCUCCAAGGGUUCCCAGGAGCUGCCACAUUUACCCAGGGGCUCUGCCUCCUAUGCUCCCUUUGGUGAGAACUGUCUGUGCAGCUCCAUGGAUAUCAUGCCAACUUGGCUGCCUGGGCCCUCCUUGCAAUCCCAUCAAUAAGAAUCAGCAUCCAAGAAUUCCAUACAUUGGCUUCAGUUUCCUUCCAGAAAGAGGAUUCAGAGCCACCAAGAAUAUUUGAAAUUAACCUGCUCCCUGAGUUACAAGCUCACCUUGAGGGCUGCCAACACAAGGAAGGUCAUAUUACACCCUUUCAUUUAUCAGCCUGGAAAAUGGUGCCGUAGAGUCGAUUUCAUAUGCUAAGGGCAGCCUCUGCCCUAUGCCAAGAGAAGGAGCUCCCAGGAAAUGCCUGACAUAGGUCAUCCUUGUUAGGGCCACAGAAGAAUGACUCGCAUGGUGGAUCUCAGCAUUUGGAUUUGCAUUAAAAUGAUGGAUUUGUUUUGCCUUGCUGGUACAGCUCACCCCAGCUCCCCAAACUCUCUAGUCUUGGAAAGACAUGCAUAGUAGCCUGGUGCUCACCAGGAGGGCUUUUCUGGGCAAAAAUAAUUCAUCAGCUCUGGAGCCUGCUGCUGUCUUCCCAACAGAUGUCCUCUUUUGUUUGUGUUGCAGUUUGGUUCAUGCUACCAAUGCUUGAUAAAAAGUGUUCUUUAGAAAAGAAAAAAUAGAGUGGUAAAAGGGAAUUUUGAGAUAAAAAUGGAUUAUAUUACAACCUUUCGGUGCCUAAUAAUAAAAAGAUACAAUUGCAUAUAACUUAAAAUCGUCUAUUACACACACACAAUUCAACAUAAUGGAGCUGAAACUGAGUUUGAGUUCCCCACCACACACACACAUACACACACACAUGGCACAGGGCUUUAAGCAUAACAAUGAGUGAGGGAAGGUUGAUCCUCAGACACAUGACACAUGUUCAUACAGGUGAGGGGCAGCUGGUUGAUUAUUUUAGGCUCUACUGUCACACAGAUGUCAAGAUGAAGGCCUUUUGGGUAGAAGACGGGACUCAUCUCUCCUUAGCACGUGACAUAAACUGGACUUGAAGUGUGUAUAUAUUCUGGGCCAGUUCCAACGCAAAGUAAGAUGGGUUCAGUAUCAUUGGUAGAGAACACAGUCUAUGAGAGAAUUACCGAAUGAGCCACAUUUAGGUCUUAUGACAAGUAGUUAAACAGAGGAGAGCACUGACUGUUUACAAGGCUGAAGCAGGCAAGGCGUGGUGGCUCACAACUGUAAUCCCAGAAUUAUGGGAGGCCAAGCUGGGAGGAUCCCUUGAGCCCAGGAGUUUGAGACCAGCCUGGGCAACAUAGUUAGACCCUGAAUCUACAAAAAAAUAAAGAAAAAAAAUAGCCAGGCAUGAUGGUGCAUGCCUGUAGUCCCAGCUACUAAGGAGGCUGAGGCAGGAGGAUCACCUGAGCCUGGAAGUAGAAGGUUGAGGCUACGGUGAGUCGUGAUCGCACAACUGCACUCCUGCCUAGGUGGCAGAGUGAGACCCUGUACUCUGUCUAAAAGUAAAUAAAAAGGCUGAAGCAAAGAUGAUUCUACAUGGGGGGAUUUCAAUGAUCUUUUAUAGUCUCUAGGCUCUUAUGGGGUUAAAAUGAUUUCUUGGUAUCAGACAAGUAUUAAGACCAGCUCCUGGCAAAAUAAGUAACACUUAAGCAUAAUUAUUUGGAGCUAUUCAGUUAAAGUGUCUGAGUGUAGCCCUGGUCUUGAAGGGCAGGGCAAGACAUGGCAUUGAGUUCCAUUGUCUCUCCUGGCUGUGGGACAGGACAGGAAGCAGAGAGGCCGACAGGUCUGCCAUCCAAACAUCCAGGGUAUGGGGGUUAAAUGAAUGAAUGUCCUGGGGUAGAAGACUAUCAACCAGACCCCACCCACACUUCAUUCUGAAGAAGAAGUUAUUUUGGGAGGUAUUAGAGGAGGAAAAAUCUGCCUAUGUUUCUGCUGUGCUCAGACAAUCACAUAGUGACUCAUUUCACUCUCAGUACCAGCUCUGUGGGAUAAAUGGACAUUAUGAUUGCCUUUUUAAAAAUGAAGGGCACCCAUACUUAAAGAGACACGUUUAGUAAAUGAUAGAGCUGGAAUCUGUUCCCGGGGAAAUCUGACUUCCUAACUCAUGCUCCCUCCACUUCCCCAGAGGAGGUGAAUAUGAACCAUAACACAGUUACAGCUAACGUGGUAAUUAGCAACACUUAGUAUCUAUAACAGUCUAAGACCAUCACAGGUGUCAUCAUGUUUAAGCCUAAAACUUCAGCCCAAUGAGCUAAACUCUUUUGUUACGCUCACUUUAUAAGUGAGGGCAUUAAGAAUUUAAGGGCUAGCCUAAGAUGAUACAGGUAGUAAGUACCAGAUCACAACCUUAACUCAGGCAAUCGGACUCUUAAACUUGCUCUCCAAGGAAAAGCAUCUUUCUUCAAAGACCCCUAAGGGCCCUCUGAGAGGUUAUGGAGCAAGUCUCCAUCUCUAGGAAAGUGUGUUGUUCUUGUAGAUCCUUGACUCAAAUACAAGUAACUACUACUGGACAUUUCUGCAUAACUUCCUGCUCCUCUUCAAACUCAACAGGUUCAAAGUCAAAAUCACCUCCCAACAAAAUCUCUACCUCCAAAUUCCUAAACUUGAUUAUGCCGAUAGUAAACCGGCGUUGUUUGAUUUAUUUGUGUGCCAGAUGCAUAGCUCACUGUCUGGCCGAGGCAGGUACUCAGAUCUUCACUAAAUAGAUGAAACUGCAAUGUUGUUGAGUGUGAAUCUUAGCUUUGGUUGGAGUCCAAAGCUAAGAAUCAGACUCGAUAACACUGUUCUCACCUGGACUUCAAGUUUUCUUACCACUCUUCUUACCUUUGGUUGUGCCUCCUUUCCAACCCUUUCAUCCCUGUGCAGCCUGAUAGUAUUGAGAAGGAAACCGGCUUCUACUUUCGCAGUUUAUAAUUUGUCAGUGACCUCCCGUGGUCUUAAGGAUAAAAUGCAAACAGGACCUAGUGCUUGAGCCUUUUCAGAUCCAGCCACUACGUAAUUUUCUGGUCUCUUUUCUUGACAUCAGCCCCUGUUAAAGUCAUAAGAACUUACUUUCAAUUCUCAGAAAGCACCUUACUCUUCUGUUCCCUCUUCUUCCAUCCAUGUGCCUAGAUCUAUCCAUUAUGUGCUUAAAUGUAGGCUCCUCCAAGAAGUCUCCCAUGAUCUGAUUCUGAGUUCCUACUGUCAUCUUGGAGAAACCCAGUCACAGCUUUUGUUGUAUGGCAUUGCCUGUGGACUUUGCUGUCCCCUCUUCACCUCCCCCCCACCGCCCCACUGCACCAAGACUGUAAUAUCUUGGAGAACAAAGACAAUUUUGUUCACUGCUACAUCCUGAGAGCCUAGCAUCGUGCCCAAGAUGUGGUGGGACUUCCAUAAAUAUGUGCUGAAUGGUUGAGAUCUUAAUUUCCGUUACAAAGGUCUCCUGAGAAUGACCUCCUACCCAUUGCCUCAGUAACCUCUUACACAUGGAGAGCAGAGCUGCAGGAAAGCAGGACACACGUUGAGUCCAGCCAACUCAGAGCUUCAAGGAGGCAUCCAGGAGAAACCUCCCUCAGCCCCAUUUGCGGUGCCUCCUGGUCGGUAAUUUUCCAGAAGCAGUUUCUUGUUUCCUCCAAAUGGCCUGUAGAGGUCAGAAAAGGGCCUUGUUUUCCAAUCACUGACUGUCCUCUCUACAUUAGCAUUCACCCCGGGUGUCUAUAAUUAAGCAAGCCUAAGCUGGGCACAUAGGAACGGAAAUGCAUUGACUUUAAUAAAACAGAGUGUAAAACAACUUUA